AUGUUAGACAGUAUUUCUCUUGAAGUUAUAUCCCGUUUUAAAGAAGCUCUACUGGCUCAGAAAGUAGAUGCUGAUCGUGAUUCCAAAAUUAUAAAUGAAGAAAAUGAGAAUUUACCAGUUUAUAAUCGAGGACUUAAAUUACUGAAAACAAUCCAACCUUCAUUAAAUACAUUGAGAUCCAAAAUCACAGAAUAUGGAGGUAAAAAAUAUUCUGUUUUAUCUAAUGAAAGUAUUGAAAUAGACAAUUUGCAUAGUAAAAGAAAAUGGAAUGAAAUAUAUGGUGAUCAACAAGCUCAAGAUGAUGAGGAAUUAGAAUUGGAAUUAGAGUUUGAAGAAGAUAAAGAAGAACAUCCAUUGAAGAAAUCUCGAAUUAUUGAAUUAUUAUCACCUUUAAAUCAUCCUUCAGAAAUAAUAUCUCAUCCAGCAAUCUCAAAAACCUAUAAACUGCAAACAUUAUCGAAACUUGCAAGUGAAUUGAUUGAUUUGAUUGAAUUGGAACAAACUAAUUUGAAUUGGUUGAACAAAUUAUUGCAAGUUUUGAAUGGUGAAGAUUGGUUUUAUUUGUUAGAAGAGAAUUUAGGGUUAAAAGAUUAUGAUCAUGGAUUAGAUGAAGAAAAGAAGAAAAUACUUGAGGAGAAGGAAAAUAACAAAGACAACAACAACAAUAAUAAUAAGAUUGUUGAUGAGUUUGAAGAUGAAGAAGAAAAUAAAGCUGAUCCGUUUUUCGCCUUACCAACUGCAUUAAAACGAUAUGAAACUUAUCAACAAAACUUGGAAUCUAAUGAUCCACUUAAAGAAGAACUUAUAAAUUAUCUUCAAGUAAGUAUUCAACGCCAACAUGAAUAUAUUAAGAAUUUGAUUCUGUUGAGAAAUGGUUUGGUUAGAGCUGAUAGACUAAAGAAGGAUUUGUACAAAUGGGGUAAAGAAAUGUACGAAAAAAAGAGUAGCUAA